UGCCUGGUCAUGCCUCCAGGUCCUCCUCUGGACCAGGCAGUGUGGAAGGAAGCAUUUGCUGGGAAACAAUGAUUAAGACCGAGAAGGGAAAGACCUUUCUCUCCCAGCAUUUCCGUCAGUCACUCCCCCCACGGCUGGGAUGGGGCAUGAUUUUCUCCUACUUAAAACCAAGAAACAAGGAGGAGUGCACCUCCGUUUCCAGUGUGCCUCCAGUCUUCCACUCCAGCCCGCAGCACUGUGCAAACCUCAAGAACCAAUAUUUGAAACAGGCAGCUGCAAACCUCACCUUUUCUCAGGAGGUGGUGCAGCAGCGAGGGCUGGCCAGCAUUCCUUACUGCCAAAACAGCUUUGACCAUCUCUAUGAUGCAGACGGCAUCAUCCAGCCUCCCCAAGUCAGGAAGCCCCGACCUGAGAAGCCCGUCAGCUUCAAGUUCUUGGAUUUUUCAGGUCCCUCAACAAGGGUCACCUCCCAGGCUAUGAAGGCAGAAAGCUCUGCCAAUCUUAAGAAGCUGAAGAAAUCAAAGCCAGCAAGCGCAGUCCAGGAAGCAUCUGGUCUUCUCAUUCUGCAUCCAAGCAGGGAGCUAGACAUGCUGGAUCUGUCACUUUCUCAAGAUGUGAACCUGGAGGAGAGGGAAACCUGGCUUCCCCCUCCUGAGAAGGAGGCCAGAGCAUGGCAGGCUGUCGUGCUGGAAAAGCUUAACAAGCGCACUGCCCGAUGGAUCCAGAACAAGCAUCCUCUGAGGCCUGGGGUGUCCCCCAGUAAGUGGCAGAGCUUCUUGCACCAGCAAUACGACUGGAGCCACAUCCGGGAUGAGCUCACUUCCUCCAGCGACCUGGAGCUCUUGAAACAGCUGGAGGAAGAAGAGACAGCAGAAUUUGAGGAUCGAAGUGUCGUUCUGCCCACCCAGGAAGAAAAGAAGCCAGAGCUGCUGCUUCCUGUCUAUUACAGACUGCCCAAUUACUUGCCGCAAGUGCAGACAGUUGAAAGCAUGCCUGGCAUCAAUAAGACUGCUGAGGACAUCGAUGGAAAGGGCAGUGUCUACCGGCCCCCAAGGCAGAGCCACUUUCGACAGGUGAAUCCCCGAGCUGGAAAGUUUGCUUACUCCACAGACAACACCUUUGAACAGGAGAUUUACUUUGAUAAAGUCCAGAUCAUCCACCAGAUUGGUGCAAAGAGAGACCAAAUUUUCCUGGAAAACCUCAAUCGAUACAACAAGCAGCUAUCUAAGGUCUUCCCUGAAACCCCAGAAAGGUGGACUUCCCAGCCAGUUCCUGAACCAUCUUGCAGGCCUUUGAAAGGAGCCAUGCGCUGGACAGCUUUGCCCAUACCGGCCAAGGAUCUGCUGCUGCAGGUGGGUGAGGAGGACAUGCCCAUGAAGACCAGGAGACUGAAGAAGCAGGCAGAGUCACUGAAGGAGAAUGUGACUUGGGAACUAGUGGUCCUGCGGAGGAUGCUGCAGGAAUGGAAGAUGGCCUGGGAUCUAAUCAUCGAGUGGCACCAUAAGACAACAGAGGGCCUGCUGCAGAGCUUGGUGGACAUCCAUGAUGACAUCCGGAUCCAAGCCAUCAUCACUUGUGCCACAGCUGCUUUAGAACGGCCCCGUAUUGCCAUCAGCCAGGGGGACUCAGACAAGGAAACCGUCAAAGCUCCAUCUAUCCAGGACUUGCCAGAGGUUCUACAGCCCCCCCUAAAGGCUGCUCUUUGUGAUAAGAAUGCCAAUGUGCGGAUGGCAGCAGCAGUAUGCCAAUAUGCCAUACAGUCACAUAAUCUUCUUGCCCGGGAAAUCAUGCAGACUGCCCUUUUGAAGGGUAAUAGCGUGGACAGCUGGGCUGCAGCUCAGUGCCUGGCUCUGGAAGGUGCUGCCACUUACCCCGUGAUUAAGAGGAUCCUCCAUCAGCUGUUUAACAAGAAGAAUGAGGACACUGAGCAACAGUCUUGUAUGCUCCUGAGCCAUCUAAGUGGGAAGACAACCCUGAUACAUACCAUGCUUGCCGUGGAGCUGAAUAGCCAUCAAUGGAAAGACCGGAUUGUAGCCUGCCGAGCUCUCUCCCAGAUUGGUGGAAAUGUCAGUGUGGAUAUGAAACAUAAGUUGAUCCAGCUGAUGUUGAGUGACUGGAAUAAGAAAGUGAGACAAGCAGCUGCCCAAGCUCUGGGGCAAAUGAGCCUUGGGAAAGAGGUGCAUGACACAAUCAGAGUCAAGCUGGGCCAAGGAAACUUCCAGGAGCGUGUGGAAGCCCUCUCCCUGAUUCGUGGGCUCAAGCUCAUGACCGCCAAACUUCUCCCAAGCUUUCUGAAUUGCUUCUCUGAUGACUUCACGGCAGUUCGGCAGGCAGCUUGUUUGGCUGCUGGUGCCCUGCAGAUCCAUGAUAAUAUGGUCCUUGAAUGCCUUCUGAAUGUCAUACAGAGAGAUCCCUGCUGGAAAAUCAAGGCCUUUGCCAUUCGAGCUUUGGGACAAAUUGGCCACGUGAGUCCCCAACUGACAGACCUCCUGCUCUGGGCUAUCCACUAUGAAGAAUCACCAGGUGUACGACUAGAGGCUUGCCGUAGCAUCCUAGCCCUCAAACUUCAAGGAGACCGCGUCAGGGACACCUUCCUAGACGUGCUGCUCCUAGAGAACCAUGAUGCUGUUCUAAAAGAAAUUCACCAUGCAAUGAAGAUACUCAACUUAGAAAAUGAAGGAAACCAAGAAAUGCUUCAGAAGGUCAAGAACAGGAUUCAAACACUAAGCCAAAAGGAACUGUUGAUACAGAAAAUAUUCAAGAUUGAGACAGUCAUAGGAAGAGUGAAGGAGGAAGCGAAACGUGUUUCCAUGCAACCCAAACAGGGGCAAAAACCACUGAAAUUCCAUACUUUUCUCCAAAAAACUUUUCAGGAUGAGGUGGUGUUUCCUAGAAGACCGUCUGAGUUCUGUGACACUGAAUCAGUCAUAAAGCCUGUGAGGCCCCGCACACCAAAUCCCUGGUCACAGAGUCCAGUCCCAGGCCUAAACACAAGAAGCAGAGGUCAUUCAUCACUUGUCAAAGAUCUACGCACUGCCGGGGAAAAAAGGAUUGCGAUGGGACCAUUUGGAUCUGACAACCAAGAUCUCUAGCUAAGUAAAAACUCAAGUUUUUUCCAGGGUCAUGUCCUCUUCCCCUAGAAGGAAAGGUAAUUAUUUCUAGGAUGAGCCCUUCUCUUGCUCCAAGACACAGGCAGCGGUAGACCUAGUCACAUUCUUCUCUUUAACUGAUGUUGUGUAAUCUCUUUGUCAUUAUGUUUAUAAAGAAAAAUCUGUUUAACAGUAAACCUGGCUCUUUAAUGUGCACCAUUUACACAGAGGGUUAAAGAAAAUUGACAUCACAUUAGGUGACAGUCCAUAUUUUUCAUAACCCAGAAAAGUCAUAUACUAAAUAUAGGUCAGAACUCCAAAUUUUACUAGAAUAGAAAUAUUCAAAGACCCAGAAUCUUUUGUAAGCUAUACAAAGAGCCCUUUGAAACCCAAACUAGAAUCCCAUCAGUCUAGGAAAGAAAAUCUUAAGUGAUGUUUACUGUCUACAAGUCUAGUCUUGUUCUAGAGCAAGUUCUUUAACUGCAGCCCAGAAGGCAAUAAGGAAGCCAUGUUACUAGACUGU